AUGGACCUAAUAGAGUUACCUUUUGAUGAAUAUGAUUUGAUUCUAGGAAUGGAUUGGCUCGUAAAGUAUCAAGUCAGUUUAGAUUGUGUAUCUCAAAGAGUUACUCUGAGGACAGAUGAGAAUAACAAGGUUUUGAUGGUUGGUAAGCAUCGAGAUUACCUUUCCAAUACAAUCUCUGCCAUGGUAGCUGAUAAGCUAGUCCAAAAAGGGUGCGAGAAAUUACUCGGAAUACCUUCAGAUAAAAACGUUAAAUUCGACAUCAAUUUGUUAUCGGGUGUGUCCAUUGCACCGUACCACAUGGCACCGAAGGAACUUGCGAAGCUAAAAGCUGAACUCCAGAAACUUCUUGAUAGAGGGUUCAUCCAACCGAGUGUGUCUCCGUGGGGGCAUCAGUACUAUUUGUUAAGAAAAAGGAUGGAUCGCUAA